CAUGGGGGAGGGCCUUGCGCGUGUCAGCCGCUCCUCAGCAAUCCGCUCGCUUCAGUCGGCCACACUGCAGCACGGGCGGGCGAGCGACACGGGCGGAAAACACGGAAUAACGUGAAAACCCGAGAGCGGAAGAGAGAUGGCUGCGAUCCGUAAGAAGCUGGUGAUCGUGGGGGACGGCGCGUGUGGGAAAACCUGCCUCCUCAUCGUCUUCAGCAAAGACCAGUUCCCUGAGGUCUACGUGCCCACCGUGUUCGAGAACUACAUCGCCGACAUAGAGGUGGAUGGCAAACAGGUGGAGCUGGCGCUGUGGGAUACUGCAGGGCAGGAGGACUAUGACCGCCUGAGGCCGCUCUCUUACCCCGACACAGACGUCAUCCUCAUGUGCUUCUCCAUAGACAGCCCAGACAGCUUAGAGAAUAUUCCGGAGAAGUGGACUCCUGAGGUGAAGCACUUCUGCCCCAACGUUCCCAUAAUCCUCGUGGGCAACAAGAAGGACCUGCGCAACGAUGACCACACACGCAGGGAGCUAGCCAAGAUGAAGCAGGAGCCUGUGAAGCCUGAGGAGGGCCGUGACAUGGCUAACCGCAUCAGUGCGUUCGGCUACCUGGAGUGCUCGGCCAAGACCAAGGACGGCGUGCGCGAGGUGUUCGAGAUGGCCACCAGGGCGGCGCUGCAGGUCCGCAAGCGCAAGAAGAGGAGUGGCUGCCUGCUGCUCUGAGAGCCAAUCAGGACGCAGCCUGCUCACACCACACACAUACACACUCACACACACGCGCUCACACACACACACACACACACACACUCACAUAUUUCCAAAGCCAGAGACUGAGUGAGGAAGUCCAUUCCCCCUUCUUGUCUUUCUCUCCUCUGCUCUGUUGGGUUUCUCUCUCCUCUCCUCUUUUCUCUCCUCUUCUCUUCUCCUCCUCUCCUCUCUCUGUUUGUUUGUCCUUUGUUGCUUCUUGGAUAACUUGUCAUUUUGAAUUGUACAUGUGUGUUUGUGUUUCCAUAGCAAUCCUGCUAGUUUUGGUUUUCUUUCCAUUCCGGAAGGCCAUGGUGCUCUGACAUCAUUUCCUUUUUGACAUUGUUUACAUGCGGGCAGACUGUCCACUACUGGCUUCUUUUUCCCUCAACACACACACACACACACACACACACACACACACUUUUUCCUGUCUGUCAUGUGACCAGUGUAAUGUACUGACUGACUUGCACACCAGUCACACAUCACCUUCAAGCACAGACAGGGAGGGCCUAAGUGGUUGCCUUGGUAACAGUGUUUAUUUACCCUUUAACCUCUGAGGCCUGGACGCAUCACUUCCUGUGUGACACGAGGGUGACAUCCAUUGGGUGCCCCGUGGGGUUCUCUGUUGACGCUGGACUCUGCUGGACGAGGGCUGCCCGACGGCUACUGUAUAUCCACGGCCUUACUGCCAGCUGUCCCGAGCACAGGUGUGCACCGGAGGGAGUGUGUGUGUGUGUGUGUGUGUGUGUGUGUGUGUGUGUGUGUGUGUGUGUGUGUGUGUGUGUGUGUGUGUGUGUGUGUGUGUGUCCUGUUGCUCUGUUGUAUGUUGGCAGCCUCCCAGUGGCGCUUCCCUCUCCCUCGCUGUAGCUGUUACAGUUGGAGGUGGUCCAGGUUCACACAGUAAACGGUCUGGACUCAGAACUGAUCCUGACGCCGGGUCCAGUAGUGAUCUAGUCCUCCUCCCUACUGGACCAUGGUGAUCAGAUGCUGGUCCUGUUGGACCCACACCUGGGGAUGACCCAGUGGUUCUGUUGGACCCAUACCUGGGGAUGACCCAGUGGUCAUGCUGGACCCAUACCUGGCCCAAUGGUCCUGCCUCUUCAGUAAGGGCUCCACUGACUAAAUCCCGGCACCCAGCAGGCCUUGGCCAAUCACGUCACAACUCUGUCAUGUGACAGCAGGCCUUGGCCAAUCACGUCACAGCUCUUGUCAUGUGACUGCAGGCCUUGGCCAAUCACGUCACAGCUCUUGUCAUGUGACUGCAGGCCUUGGCCAAUCACGUCACAACUCUGUCAUGUGACUGCAGGCCCUGGCCAAUCACGUCACAGCUCUUGUCAUGUGACUGCAGGCCUUGGCCAAUCAUGUCACAGCUCUUGUCAUGUGACUGCAGGCCUUGGCCAAUCACAACGCCACAAUUCUUGUCAAGCCCCUCGGCGUGCUUCUGAAGUCUCGUGUGAACGACCAGAACGUCUCGUCUGAAGUUCCAGUAAGGUCUCCAGGCCUCUGUGAUGUUGAAAUACUAGUAUUAAACUACAUGAACUAUAUUCUGAAAAUUGUUCUGAGAAUACAGUACCUUAUGAAUAAAACUAUUGCCAAAUAUAAAGCCCUGUACAUAAUAUUAUGGUCUGCCUGUAAUCUGUUCAUUCCAGCCCAGUGCUCUGCUUCCCAGUGUGUCCUUUAAAAUGUGUGUUUUUUAUUACAUUUAUUUGCAAAAACAGUUGUAGGGCUGUGUAAAAUGUAAAUAAAAACAGAAUUUGAUCAUC